AUGUCGACGCCGCACAAACCCUCUCCGAGCUGUCCAUCAGCACUCUCAUCCGCCGAUUUACAACUCCACUACCUCACCGAGGGCGCCGCCAACAUCAUCUACAGUGUAUCUGUCCUGUCUCCAGCCAAGUUGCAAGACCAUUCUCACUGCUGUAUUCUGCGACUGCGCAAAGACCUUCCCUCCACCAAACCAGCUGUGGAGGUGCUGAGGGAUUUUGAGUCACGUAUAUAUCCCCUGUUUGCCGGCCACGGCUAUGGGGAUUUCCUGAUGAAGCAGGCCCUCUAUCAAUUGACGCCUGAGAUGGUGCACGAUGCGAACGUCGAGCUGAGCGAGAUGGAAACCGAAACCGAAACCGAAACCGAAACGCAAUUGGAGGCCGACAACUCCUCGGACGACCACGACAACGUCACCUCCGCUGCUGAACACAGAGCAAAAGCCACAGUCCGAGUUCGGCACCCCCAUAGACGCCACGUAUAUCUGCCAUCGUAUGAGACGGAGAAGUAUGGGAUCCUGAUGCAGAAUCUGAAAGGACCAGGCAUCGACCAGCUGGUCGAGUUCAAACCCAAGUGGUUGGUCCAGAGUCCUAGUGCGCCCUCGGACGCGAGGAAUUGUAGGACAUGUGCCUUGAAUGCGAUGCGGAGGGCCGCCGGGCACCACCAGGGCCGCGGUGAUUCCGGGUUCUGUCCGUUGGAUCUGCUUGCCGGACCGGAUGAAGAGGAGGUCCUCGGACGGGCUCUGACCAAGAUCUACCAGCCGUCGGUGGAGCGGGGAAUGCAGGCAUUCAUCUCCUCUUUCCGCCAGCGAGUGCAGCCAGCGCUGAGGCACUUGUUGACACUCCAAGAAAAGCACGGCUCGGUGGGACUGGACGAUUUCCGUGAUCCAGCAGGGAAAGAUCUCGACCUGGCCAUGGCAUUGAGAGAUUGCAGUGUCUUUCUGGCCUUGAAGGUGUCAUCUAAAGAAUCGGCGCCAGAGCGUGUCGAGCUGGUCGAUGUCAAGUUCGCCGACCUCGAUCUGAAGACGCCGGAAGGAGGAAAGAUGCAGAAAUGGGCAUCCAUGGAGCAAGAAUUGUUGGACGGUGGCUGGUACCAUAACAAUUCGGAGGGCAUGAAUUGUUCGCUGAGCCGGCCGUCAUAG